AUGGCGGUUCAGAAGAAUAAAGUCAUUAUCGAUACAGACCCGGGAAUCGAUGACAUUCUCGCCCUUCUGCUCGCGUUUGCCUCCAAGCCAGAGGAGAUCGAGGUGCUCCUCGUCUCUCUGACGUUUGGGAAUAUCGACGUGCGAAACUGCCUCCGAAACGCCGUGUCGUUGUUCCAUGUCAUUGAGCAGGAACUUGAAUGGCGCCGCAGCAAUGGGCUUGCCGAAGGGUUUGCGGCCUUGAAGGCGCUGAAGCCCAUUGUGGCAGUGGGUGCGGAUGGGCCGCUGAGCGGCGAGAAGCUGAUGGCGGACUAUUUCCAUGGUCAAGAUGGCCUUGGUGGCGUUCACACGACACACCCCCAUCUCACCGCCGCCCAGACAUGGGAAGUGCUGUUUUCUCCUCUGUCAGCGUCGGUGGAGGAACUGGAGGCGGCGGCGCGGAACCAUUCGUCGUUCACGGCCUCGCACAAGCCCGCGCACGAGGAGAUGCUGAGGCUGCUGCGCGAGCAUGAGCCGGACACCAUCACGAUCGUGGCGCUUGGCCCGCUUACGAACCUUGCCCUGGCAGCGGCACAGGAUCCCGAGACCUUCUUGAGAGCCAAGGAGGUGGUGGUCAUGGGUGGUGCCGUGGAUUGCCCAGGAAACGUCACGCCCACGGCGGAAUUCAACACCUUCGCGGACCCGAUCGCCGCGGCGCGGGUGUACGCGCUGACCUCCCCGCUGCCGCAGACAACGAUGCCGCCGGCGUCGAUCUCGCUGCCGCUCGCCGACUACCCGGCGCAGCUGAGCAGGCCGCUGACGCUCAAGCUGAUGUCGCUGGGCCUCACGCGGGCGCACAACCUGACGCGCGGGCACUUCCAGGCGCGCAUCGCGAAGCACGUGCACGCCGGGUCGCCGCUGGCGCAGUGGACGACGGCGUUCCUGGAGCACACGUUCGCGACGCUGGACGCGCUGCACCCGGGCCACGCGGGCGACGCGGCGGCGCUGAGCCUGCACGACCCGGUGUGCGUGUGGUACGCGCUGACAGCGCCAACAGCGGCAGUGGCGGCGCAGUGGACGCUGUCGCCGGACUCGCCGGUCGACCUGCGCGUGGAGACCAGCGGGCAGUGGACGCGCGGGAUGUGCGUGGUGGACCGGCGGCAGCGCAAGCGCCGCGAGCACGACAACCCGGACGUGACGGACAACGGGCUGUGGCUGGGGCGGCGGGCGGGCAACCGCAUCGAGUGGGUGGUGGGCUCGCCGGGCGCGGAGGCGCUGGCGGAGGUGCUGAUGGCGCGGGUGUUUGGCACGCCGUAG